AUGUUUGUGGUUGAAUGCAUCUUUUUACAGGUAGGACGCCCGGGCAGAGGAGACGGAGCAUACUUUGGGUUCCGCUUCCAGAUUUGUGGGUAUAGCUUCGCCUUUCGCAGCGCGGGCAGAAUAUCCAAGCCCCCAAGGAACGACUACCGACCUCCCGACAGCAUCAAGCACCUCUUCCCACGGCAUGUGGCGAAGUGGCAAGAGAAGCUCAUCAAGGACAACAUCCCGGACGCAGAGAUGUCCAGGUUUGAGGAGAUCAGGCAGUUCUUCUUCCUGUAUGAAACCACAGGAAGCAACAUGACACACUGCAGUUUGAUGGGUGCCUCCGAUCUCUUUACGACCACUGGAAAGUGGUACUUCCCAGACGCUCCGGAAGUGCAGAAUCAGCUCUUUGAGAACGUCGCCUGGCUCUUUGACAGGAACAUCCAUCACUACAUCUCCGAGCGGCAGACUGCCAAAUUCCCGUUCAUCGAAGACUUCGAUAUCCAGGCAGCAAAAGACUAUCGGCCCAUUCCACCAGGGCGUGAGUGGGCGGAUCCGCCGGAUGAUCUCAUCAUGUUCAAGCCGACGCGGUAUGGCCCCGAGCCGUUUGACGUGCACGGAGACCCGGGCUCCAUGAUGAAGUACCGAGCGCUCGCCAUCCACAUGCUGUACCCUCACAUCGACGAGCUCUUCUGCCUCGUGUACUCUGCAUCUGGCUUCAACAAGGGCAAAGAGUUGGUGAAGUCGUCUUUCCACCUGGUGUGGCCGCAGUUGGUUGUCGAUCCUGACCGAGCCAAAGUCAUUCGCUAUGUCACAUUGGGCGUCUUCAAGAACGAAACCAACAAGGAAGGUUCUGACAUCCACAAGAUGCAGCAGAAACUGAUGGAGAUGGAUCCCAGCAACGAGUGGGAGUUGGUUUUCGACAGCACCACCAUCAAUGCCAGAAACGGCCUGCGGCUGCCAUACUCUGACAAAGCCUCCAUGGUCGUCAAAGAUCCGGAAGACAAGGCGAGGAUUAAGCGAGGAGAGCUGUCGAAGAAUUCAGCUUUCAAGGUCCGCGUCGUGGAAGGGCGGCCGUCGAAAGCGGUGGGGCGGAUCAACUUCAAGUUCGCAAAGGAUGACGAUGGCGUAGAUCGGCUAGUGGAGGCAGCCUGGGUCCAGGACGAACAGUCGAUGGAGCGAUCGGAGUGGAUUCGUUUGGGCUCCUGCCGCCUUGACCAGGGCGACCUGGAGUCGACCAGGAUGACGCCUUGGCAGCUGGGCCCGGACCGGCAGGGUGUAGUGGACGUCAUGGAGCUGUUGCCAAAAAAGCCAGGCGAAAAGUACUACCGCGAGUCCGAGGACGAGUCAGGAAUCUUCAAAACUCAUGUGCCGUACCCGAACAUCCUGCGCUGUUCGCUCUCGGUCAAGCAUUUCGUUGCCAAGUUUGACGAGCAGCUUUACGAGGAGAUGGAAGCGCUUCACGGAGAGGGUGAGUUCGAUCUGCGACAACGAAUCGCAGGCCAAUGGAUCUCUAUCACGGAAGACCAGGCGCUUUGGCGGGCUCCAGCUGCGCGGCAGUUCGCCAACAAGUUCCCGGACCCCCGCGAGGGGCAUUGCACAAAGCAGACGCAUCGGUUUGCUGGCCGCUUCCUGUUGUAG